CGGUGGCGGCGGCAGCAGGCGAGCCUCGGGCCCGCGAGGCCAUGAAGGUGAAGAAGGGCGGCGGCGGGGCCGGGACGGGGGCGGAGCCCGCUCUAGGGGCCUCGGGCCCGAGCGUGGAGCCCAAACCGGAGCCGAAGUCGCAGGCGGAAUCUGAAUCCGGGUCCGAGUCGGAGCCGGAGGCAGGCCCGGGGCCCAGGCCGGGGCCGCUGCGGAGGAAGCAGCGGAUUGGGCCAGAGGACGUGCUGGGACUACAGCGGGUCACCGGCGACUACCUGUGCUCCCCUGAGGAGAAUAUCUACAAGAUUGACUUCGUCAGGUUCAAGAUUCGGGACAUGGACUCAGGCACUGUCCUUUUUGAAAUCAAGAAGCCCCCAGCCUCAGAGCGGUUGCCCAUCAACUGGCGGGACCUGGACCCCAAUGCUGGGCGCUUUGUCCGCUACCAGUUCACCCCUGCCUUCCUCCGCCUGAGGCAGGUGGGAGCCACAGUGGAGUUCACAGUGGGAGACAAGCCGGUCAACAACUUCCGCAUGAUUGAGAGGCACUACUUCCGCAACCAGCUACUCAAAAGCUUUGACUUCCACUUUGGCUUCUGCAUCCCCAGCAGCAAGAACACCUGCGAGCACAUCUACGACUUCCCCCCACUCUCGGAGGAGCUGAGUGCGUGGGCAGGGCCUCACGAGCGUGGGGCGGGGGCACAGACCAAGCUGACAGAGGGUGGGGUCAGCGAUAUGAUCCGUCACCCGUACGAAACGCAGUCUGACAGCUUCUACUUCGUGGAUGACCGGCUGGUGAUGCACAAUAAAGCUGACUAUUCCUACAGUGGGACGCCCUGACCACACACUGCCCCCAGCCCCAGGAGGCUCUGGACCUGGGCCCUGAGCCAUGGCCUCCCCAACACUCACCUCUCAACCCCGGGUCUUCUGCUUGAGGAGUGCUCCAGGGCCCUCCACCCUGAAUCAGUGUUGGGAGGGAGGGUGACUGAUGUCCUCAGUCCAAGCCUCAUGAAGUCCAUGGGGUGGGUGGUAGGGGGGCUGUUUGCCUCCAUGUCCAAUAAGGCCUCCUAUGAGAGGAACAACCAGGACUUCCGACAGCAUAGGUGGGCCCUCUUGGGCCCAAGUUUCAGAAUAGUGCUCCCCUACCCAGGCUGUGACUAAGUCAGAGCAGGGAUCCCUCUGCCCUGACUGCCACCUCACAGACAAAGAUCCUUGGUGGGGUCUGGCUUCCAGACUUCCCAAUGGAGUCUGGGCCCUGGCCCCAGCCACCACCAUCAGGGGCUGAGACACUGCCUGAGGUGUGGGAGGCACCAGUUGCAGCCUGUGUAGGGGCUGG